AUGGCUCGAUUGGAGCGUUUACCAGCCGAAUUAUUUCAUGAAUUCUUUCACUAUCUUUGGACACAUGAAAUUCUUCAUUCAUUUUCAAACUUGAAUGAUCGAUUUGAUUCAAUUCUCAAAUCUUAUUCAUCAUACCGAAUCAAUUUUGAAUCCAUUCGGUCUUCUGUAUAUGGACGUAUUUGCGAACAAAUCCGACCGGAACAAGUUAUCUCACUGAUACUUUCCGACAAAAAUGAUACACCUGGCCUGGUAAAGGUCUUUUUAUCCCGUGUCCAUAUUCAACAAUUCACAAAUCUUCGAUUACUCUCGUUGAUACGGAUUAGCCACGAAUCAAUGUGUCAAAUAUUACCCGAAUUAUCUAAAUUGAAACGAUUAAACUCUCUCUCAGUUGAUAAUUCUGGCGGAAAGGGAAAAUUUGUUGACUUUAUAGAUAAAGAAAAGAAUGAAAACACGAAAGUUUAUUCACUUUUACCCAAAUCUUCUCCGGAGAUAAUUUUCCAAUUGAAAUAUUUGUGUACAACGUAUUCAAAUGAAUUAACAUCGAUGUAUUUCCCAAAUUUACUUCAAUUACGACUAAAUUGCUACUCAUUAUAUGGUAUCAAUGCAAUUCUUCAACAAGCACCACAAUUGAAAUUGCUCACACUUUUUCUCGAUCUUUUCGAUGGUUUUCAAGAGUUCCAACCCUGUUAUUCAUUACGAAAACUUAUUAUCAUAAUUAAAUAUGCACAUAUUUCAAUAAAUACAAUCGGCCAAUUCCUGGCAAAUUUUACCAAUUUAAUGCAUUUUGAACUGAAAGAUGUAUUUGGAUUCGCGGAUGGAAGUUUAAUCGAUGGAUUCCGAUGGCAGAGCAUUGCUCAAUCUUUUUCAACGUUCAGUUUCAAAUUUAAGAUGAAAGAGACAUUAACUGAACGAAACUUAGAUUCAUUUCGCACACGAUUCUGGAUUGAAGAGAAACGUUGGUUUGUUGCUUGUCACGAACAAUGUUUAUUUGCUGUUCCACUUUCUGAUUUCGGUCUACCAUACAUCCGUUUGACUUGUAUGAACUCUAUACAUUCGACAGUACCGAAUAACGCGAUUCUCUAUCAACCCAGACAACUAAUACUUCCUUGGCGAAUCCCCAACACCCAAUUUCGUUUCACAUCUAUGCGAAAUCUUGCACUUGUUUGGUUUGGCUCAAUUCAAACGCUAUCAUCGAUCAUUGAUUUGAGCCAAGUUCAGCAUUUAACAAUUCGUCCUGAUUGUUUUUCUUUGUCGAAAGACAUUCCGUCUUAUAUGCCAAAACUUCAUACUUUAUACUUUGACGGACAUGAAGUUGAUAGAGAUAUGCCAGACCAAAGUGAUUUAUCAGGUUUACAAUUGAAACAAAUCCACACAUUACAAUUUUGUAUCGCGAAGGAUUCGAAGAAAAGUGUUUACGAUCUUCAAAUGAUAAGUCAUUCAUUUCCAUCGGUUGAACAUCUAAAUACUUGGCCUGUUAAAUCAAGAACAGAUAUUAUUCGUAUUAUUGGGCUAUUCAAACAAUUAUCAAGUAUAUCAUUUGUUAUUCAUCAAUCAGUGGACAAGACAACACGAUCAUCGGAAUUCGAUUCACAAGUGAUUCUCAAUGAUAUCAAACAAUACCUUCAUUAUUCUGCAAUAUGUCGAACUGAAUUCACAUCAGUCAAUGAUCGUACACCUGAACUGCUUCAUUUUUGGCUUCGUGAACGAUUACCAAAUGAAAUUUUGUCGGAUGAUGAAAAGAGACCAUCAUCUGGCUUUUUAUGGAAUCCGAUCGGAUUUUGUCGGAUGGUGGGAUCCGGUCAGAUUCGAUCGGAUCCAGCAUCGGAUUUGUUGACCUGGGAACGUCCAACACCCACACGCUCAAGAUGGCAAAAUAUUAUUUCCAACCCUGUAUUAAAAUGA